UACCAGCUGUACCAUCUAUCACAUCAUGGCUAAUAAUAUACUGUGACAGCACGGAGGGAGAGCCCACUGACUCACGAAGGGUCCCUUCAGGGUACAAAUAGCAGUGAAGGGCAGGAGACAGACCUGCACCAGGACCCGUUCCCUCUGGAGCUCCUCGUCACUAUAGGUGCAUCUUUGGAACUGCACCGCAAAGCCACACGCAUCAUGUCCCAACCAGGCGAGGUUAAGAAGAAGAAGCGGCCCGUGAUGAAGGAAGAGGACCUGAAAGGAGCCAGGAGCAAGUUGGGUCUCAAGGGGGAGGUGAAGAGCAAGACCUACGAAGUCAUGGUGGAAUGCGAGCGCAUGGGCAAAGUGGCUCCGUCCGUGUUCAGCAACCUGCGGUCUGGGUCAGAGACGGCCCUCAGCAAGCCCGGCGAACCAGCACCUCCGAGCGUCUUUGGCAAGUAGAGCCACAGAGAAGAUAUAACCAGCCUGCCUUUGUCUUCCAUGGAGUGAAAGUGGGCGGACGUCUAGACAACGGAGCUCUGAAGAAAUUCCAUUUAUUCCCUGCUGGAAUGACAGUGCAGGAAGAGCGUGUGUGUGUGUGUGUGUGUGUGUCUUUUUGUGUGUGUGUGUGCGUGUGUUUGUAUUGGCACAAAUCUGAAUAUAUAUCUGUAUCAACUUGCUUUGCUUUCCUCAUUUUUGUGUGGACUAAGGUCCAUGGACGUGACGCCGCAGGACAGACACUGUUGAUACUGUUCAAGGCUGGACCGCAUUGUGCAAUGUUUAUUUUUAAUACAACAUGAGGCAUCUGUCUGAUGUAUCUGCAAUAGUUACAGCUCAGCAUCCCGAAUAAGUGGCACCGGUCAAUCCGGCCUCUGUGUCUCGCUUUAAGCACAAUGCGUGUUUUGAGAAGCAGAGAGUUUGUGUUAAAACAGUCAGUACUUCAGGUCCAGGUCCGGGUCCAGCCCUGCGUGGGGGGAGGGUGCUGCCCUGUAGCGUGAGAUCAUCCGGCACACGGAACUUAACUCGGUGUCCGUGGGAGCGACCCUGCAGCCGGGACCCCGGCCGAGCGAACGGGAGCAGGCGGAGACGGUGCCCGCGCUUCGUGUGGGUCUACAUGCGCAAAAUAGCAAACGGUUUACGUCACGUCCGCCUUAAUAAAAUGUUUCUGCGUGUUCUGUUUUCUGUGUGCGUUUUGUUAAUAAAAACAUG